AUAUUUCUUUUUUCGAGAUGUAAAAUACGCAAAACCCCCGCCGCGAAUUAUCCUUACAAAAAUGAAUGACCGCACUUACACGCGAUAUUAUUGGCGGAUUUAUAAGUUGGUCACAUCGGACGAAUGUGCGAAAUACCAAUCAACGUGAUUCGCGAAACACUCGCCGUCGACUGCAGUUUAUCACACACAUAUGUGUGAUGUAUUCAUCCUGGCGAGAAACGAAUUCGUUAUUUCAAGCAUAAACAACGAAACUCAAUAAAUCACGACGAAUGGAAUAAAUUAUUCGAUGAACGUUACUCCCAAGAGUGAACUAUAUGCAAUCACGAAUUAGAAGUUUUCUAGAUGAUUCUAGAGCCGAAUCCAGUGUUUGACAUUGAUAUUGGAACAACAAAGGAGUACGCAGCGCAAAAACGCUUUGUUACGGUUAUUUCUGCAUCGGAAUUGAUAUAUUUUUGUGUGCAACGCUCUUAAAAUAGAGCGUCGCUGUGGCGUGCGAUGUAUUUUCCGCGCACUGGCAAAGAGAGAAGAACAUGAGUUUUGAGGUUACCACGAUUCCUGGGUGAUUUUAGCUGGUUCUCAAAUAUUAUUGAUAUCAUUUGCAAUCUGCGAGGAUGGAUACUGUAUGCGAGAUAACAGAUGAACAGCAGCUGAUCAAUCGGAUUUACUAUUUUGCAAGGGAUGGACUGUCAAUAGCUCUUUGCGACCUGUUGAACAAAUUCAACACUGAUGCCAAUCAUCUGAUUAAUCAGAAAGUUCUAGAAGAUGAUGGGCAGAGAUGUACGCCUUUAAUAAUUGCUGCACGAUAUGGUCAUGGUAAAGUAGUUAGGACAUUACUUGAGAAAUUUAAACCUGAUUUGGAACAGGAAGGAACGGUGAAAUUUAAUGGAUAUGUCAUUGAAGGAGCCAGUGCACUUUGGGCUGCGGCAGGAGCAGGACAUUUAAAUGUUCUCAAGAUUCUUGUAAAAGCAGGAGCAAAUGUUAAUCAUCCGACGAAAACUAAUUCUACCCCACUUCGAGCGGCAUGUUUCAAUGGACGUUUGGAUAUUGUUAAAUAUUUGACUAAUCAUCAGGCAGAUAUAAAUAUCCCUAACAUGUUCAAUAACACUUGCCUCAUGAUAGCAUCUUACAAAGGACAUCUUGAUAUUGUCAAUUUUCUAUUGAAUAAAGGAGUGGAUUCUAAUAAGAAAGCCUAUUGUGGAGCGACAGCAUUGCACUUUGCCGCCGAAUGUGGACAUGAUACUAUCGUUUGCGAAUUAUUAAAGUACGGAGCGAAAAUGACAAAGAAUGUAAGUGGUAUGACACCUUUAAUAACGGCUGCUGAGCGGACGCGCGCAGAAGUCGUUGAAUGUCUAGUACAAAGAGAAGAAGUGACAAAGGAAGAAAUAAUAGAUGCUUAUGAACUGCUUGGAGCAUCUUACGCUAAUGAUAAAGAUAGUUAUUGCCUAACCAAGGCAUAUACGUACCUAUAUAAAGGAAUGGAAUUAAGGUACAGUGAUACUAAUAAUAUUGUACAUAAGCAACUAAGUUCAAUUGUGAAAGCGUAUGAAAACUGGAAGGAAUGCGAAACGCUAGAAAGAUUAGAAAGUAUCAAAAACAAUCCUAAUGCUAUACACAUGGAAUCGCUCGCUAUUCGGGAGAGAAUAUUAGGUCUAAAUAAUCCAGAGUUGCCUCAUCCUAUAGUAUUUAGAGGCGCUAUAUUUGCGGAUAAUGCCAGAUUCGACAGAUGCAUAGACUUGUGGUUGCAUGCUCUGAGACUGAGACAGCUCAAUAAUAUAUCCAUUGUCACGGAUCUUCUUCGAUUCGCGCAGGUCUUCUCACAAAUGAUACACGUUGGUGUCGAUUUGGAGCUUUUGCAAGUUACAAAUGUGCUGGAAGCAAGCGUAACUGAGUUAAGUAGGAACAAAGCGAAAAUUCAAAAUCCGGAUCCCAAGGAUGACAUCGAUCAAUGUGUCGAAGAGAUGGAAUCAAAUAUUACAACGACUCUAUAUAUUCUAACAAUUUUGACAAAACUUAUGACACUUAACGGAAGCAGAUGUGACGAGUCAGACUUGACACAGGCGCAUCAUUUAGUGCAUAAAUUGUGCGCGUUACGGAUGAGUCUGAAAGAUGGACAAACUCUAUUGCAUCUUGCUGUGAAUGCCGAAACUCCUGUCGACGAUUUUCAUACUAAUGAUGUCUGCAAAUUCCCAUGUGCGGCUACGGCGAGAUUAUUGAUUCGUUGCGGUGCUGAUGUGAACGCAAUGGAUGAUGAAAGAAGUACACCACUCCAUGUUAUUGUCGGUUACGGUAAAGCAAUUAGCGAUUUUGCGACUUUACAUUCAAUUAUAAUAGAUCUUAUAGAAGCUGGCGCACAUAUGGAUACAGUCAAUAAUAAAGGACAGACACCAUACAAUGCAGUCGCAACAGGAGUAGCUAAAAUUAUAUUACGAACUCAGACGAAAUUAUCAUUAACAUGUAUGGCGGCCAAAGCAAUCAAAACUUACAACUUGCCCUAUCACGGUAACGUUCCGCGCUCGCUCGAAAGUUUUAUAGAGCUGCACGGGCCCGGUUCAGAAUCGCGGAAUCAGAGCUGAUGAGUCUUUAACGUUACCAAUGAUGAAUUGAAGUUUUCUUGUAUAAAAAAUAUAUUUUAUAAUGUAUAUAGUAUGUCGGAAAUGUUUGAAUAGUCUCAAGCUCUGUAUAUCUCGUGUAAUGUGAACAUUACACACAGUCUCGCGAAGGAUAAUAACAUUGAGAUUUAUACUUGUCUUGAAUAGAAUGCGAUUUACAUAGCGUAUAUUAUUAAAAUUGAAUAAUUAUUAUACAAAAUCCGCAAGAAUAGUCUUUCUCACUCUCACAAUUUUAUAAAGUCUUAAAAAUAUUGAGCGGAAUUAAACUUUUACAUGAAACAUUUUAUAAAUACUGAUAAAUAUUUAUAAUACGGCUAUAUA